CGGUUUCCCCUCCUUAUCCUGUCCUCUUCACCUUCCAAUCAUUGCUACAUCGUCUUUCCUAGUCUGAAACAACACAAUGAGGAAUUUCGAUAACCCUCUCAGUGUGCUCAAGGCCAUCCUUGUGCGCAUCCCCCUCGUACUCAAAGUCAUCUUCCUCCAUGCCAUUCGCCUCUCCCCAGUCAAGGACAAGCAGGAUCUACGCACCGAACUGACCGUCGCCAUCAUCCGCUCGCUCCUCAGCUUCAGCGCCUCCAUUUCUGAGCAGCAGAAGGCUAGCAUGCGCGACCCGGGCAUCAAGGGUCCCAUGUGGGUGUCCAAGGUGACGUUUCCGCAGCCGGAGAUCGACGUCCAGGAUGCAGUCGUGAAAGCCAUUGAGGCUCUCAGAACGGGCGAUGAGACCUACGAUUUGCCUGGAGUGGCACCGGUCGAGGCAGAAUGGACGGGCUAUCGCAGUGGCGUAAACAAGAACGCCCCGCAGCCCGACAUCUCUGAGGAGGCCAAGUAUGAGGAGUUGAAGAAGGAAUCGAAGGAAGACAUGGUCAUUCUCUACUUCCAUGGGGGGAUUUACUUCCUUAUGGAUCCCUGCACGCACCGUCCCACCGUUGCGCAACUCUCCAAACGCACUGGGGCCCCCGUCCUCUCCGUGCGCUACCGUCUCGCCCCCCAGCACCCCUUCCCUGCCGCCCUGACCGACGCCCUCGUCGCCUACCUCUCCCUCAUCUCCCCACCCCCGGGCUCCCUCCAUGACCCCAUCCCUGCCAACAAGAUCAUCCUGGCCGGCGACUCCGCGGGGGGCAAUCUCUCCCUCGUCCUCACUCAACUCCUGCUGACUCUCCGCCGCGUUCAACCCACCAUCCGCUUCCACGGCCGCGACAUCCCUAUCGCCCUCCCCGCAGGCGUCGCCACCUCCUCCCCCUGGUGUGACAUGACCCGGUCGAUGCCCUCGGUGGCCCAUAAUGCGAUCUAUGACUACCUGGAUGCGCCGACAUCUACGCCCGCCACAGACCCGUUCUUCCGGCCCCUGGUAGUCCCCGCCGACGACAUCUGGCCCGUGAAGCCUCCGCGCGUGGACCUGUACGUACACGCCUCCUCCCUCCUGCACCCGCUCGUCUCUCCGAUCGCCGGCGACGCGGAGCUCUGGGCCGAUGCCCCGCCUGUGCUUCUCUCCAUCGGCGAGGAAGGCCUCACGGACGAGGCGCUCGUGCUUGCCCGCAAGAUACACCGCGCCGGCGCCCCCAUCCUCGUUGAGCAGUUCGAGGGCAUGCCGCACUGUUUCGGCGUGGUGAUGCUGGAUGCGCCCUCGGGUCGGCGGUUCUACGAUGGCAUGGCGCGGUUCUGUCGCGAUGCGGUGUUCCACGAGGGGAAGGCAGUGAAGGCGAAGAGCGGCGAGGUUACAUUCAUCGGGUAUAAGUUGCUCUCCGAGAAGGCGAUCCCUGUGGAGAAGGCAGUCACGCUCUCGGACGAGGAGGUCGAGGAGCGGUUGCGCGUGAAUGCGCAGUGGCGGUUGGACGGCGAGAGGGAGUUGCAGAGGGAGUGGGCGGACAAGGCCAAGUUGUGAUUUUUCCUUUCCCGCCCGGACACACCAUCCAUACACACAACAACCUUGAUUCCCCCCCUUACCUCUUUCUCCAUUCUCCAUACCCCCCACCCCUCUAAGGUGUUCUUAUCAAUUCUGCCCAAUUGAUCUCGUGGAUGAUGUGACAGUUAAGGAUUGACCUCUUCCGCUUGGCGUGC